AUGCACAGCUCCCACAGCCUCCUGCUGUUUCUGCUGCUGCUGCUGCUGCUGGCCACCGCAGGCCCUGCUGGAGCCCUCACGGAAGAAGAGAAACGUUUGACGGUAGAGGCACACAACUUCUACCGUGCCCAGACUAACCCACCGGCCGCGAACAUGCUGAAGAUGUUGUGGGACGAGGACCUGGCCAUCUUUGCCAAGGGCUAUGCAAAGCAAUGCAUAUGGGCCCACAACCCUAAUCGUGGGUGGCGCGGUGAGAACCUAUUCGCCAUCACGGGCGAUAGCAUGGACGUGCAGAUGGCUGUGGCAGAGUGGCACCGGGAGCGUGAUUACUACAACUUCUCCACGGGUACCUGCCAACCUGGACAGAUGUGCGGACACUACACACAGGUGGUCUGGGCCAAGUCAGAUCGGAUAGGCUGUGACUCUCACUUGUGUACUAAGCUCCAGAACGUUGAUGAUUCCAAUGUCCACUUUCUAGUCUGCAACUAUGCGCCCCCGGGAAACGUGCGGAGGCAGAAGCUCUACGAGGUGGGGCCACCAUGCUCCGCGUGCCCCAAGGGCUACCAUUGUGAGCAGAACCUCUGUGAACCCAUCACAGGUCCGGAAGAGCCUCAGGAUUUGCCUUGCCUGGUGACUGAGGCCCAGACCUCCCUGGCAACUGAAGCCUUAGGCUCUAGUAAAACUGAUGCCCCUUCUUCCCUAACAACUGAGGCUCCAUUCUUCUUGGUAACAGAGAUCCCAGCUUCCCUACCAACCAAGGCUCUGCCUACUGUACAAACAGAGACCCGAUCUUCCUUAACAACGAAAGAUUCCCUCUCUAUAGCAGCAGAGUCCCCACUUUCUUUAACUGAAGUUCCUUCCUUUCUGGCAACUCACAGCCUGUUCUCCUUGGAUAAAAGGCCAAUUACCUCCCCCAAAUCCACCUAUGCACCCCUCCCUGAGUUAGCAGACAAAACGAGCAAGAGAAGCACUCCCACUAUGAGUUCAGAGAUAUCUUUGGACCCCAAGAUGUCCCUGACAAGGAAACAGAAGCCCCUAUCCCAUGCCCAGGAGAAGGUUGAGGCAAGAGGUCCCCAUGAGUUGCCUCUUCCCGGUGAGGUCUUAGCCUCAGUUUUACCAGCCCAAGAUGAGCCAGAUGAGCUGCAGACCACACUUGUCCACAUGGGGCACACCACCUCCAGGUCCCUGCCCAACUCCCCCAACACCUCUGCCACUGCUAAUGCUAUAGGGGGGCGUACCUCAGCCCUGCAGUCAUCCUUGCCAGCUGCAGAUCUGCCUGGAGAGUCUGUCACCGAGUCAGGCCUGAACCCGAACCCAAAUUGUGUCUGGAAUCCCCUCCUGAGAUUGCUGGUACUGCUUCCCCUGGUGGUGUCUGGACUCUUCUGA